AUGUUGUCGUUGCCUUCGUCUUCCUCGUCUAUUUCCAGACACAAAUUUGAUGUUUUCUUGAGUUUUAGAGGUGAAGAUACCCGCAGAAAUUUUACAGAUCAUCUCUAUGAUGCUCUUCAACGCAGUGGAAUCGUCACUUUCAGGGAUGACCCGAAGCUGGAGGCCGGCGAAGAGAUUGCCCCAGAACUCUUUAAAGCCAUUCAACAAUCAUGGUGCUCGGUAAUCGUUUUCUCCAAAACCUACGCCUUUUCAAGUUGGUGUUUGGAGGAGCUUGCUGAGAUUGUUAAACAAAAAUUGCUAAAAGGUCAUAAAGUAUUUCCAAUUUUCUAUGAUGUGGAUCCGUCUGAUUUAAGGAAACAAAAGGAUAAAGUUGGAGAAGCAUUUGCCAAACACGAAGAGACAUACAAGGAACAUCAACACAAGAUCCAAAGAUGGCGAAAUGCUUUGACUGAGGUUUCUAACAUCAAGGGAUGGCAUUUGAAUAACAAGUAA